AUGGGUGAACAUACCUCGUUUGAAGAGUUCAACCGUAUACUGGAAGCAUUGUCAAGCGCUGAUAAUUCCAUACGCGCUAAAGCAGAUGAGAGGCUCAUAUAUCUGAAGAACAACGAUCUCAAUAACACAAUAUUGCAUAUUUUGAACGUUCUACAAUCUGAAAAGAAUACUGAACGUCGUCUCCAAGCUGCUGUGCUAUUGCGGCUAGUGCUUGAUACCCAAAAAAUCUCCACGAUUGCCAUGAAAACAUGGCAAGCAGUCAAUGAUUCAGUCAAGAAUUCCGUAAAAAAUACCUUGAUAAACUCUCUCCACUAUGAAAUGCAUGCCAGGGUAUGUAGUAAUGUUUGCGAUACUGUAUGUGACCUUUGCAUUAACAGCCUGACCGACAAUGAAUGGCCAGAACUAGCGCAAUGUGCUCUACAGUUAGUGCAUAAUGAACAGCCAUCGAAGCGAAAAACAGGUCUUAAACUUAUUGGUGAUUGUUAUGAAUAUUUUUCAUGCCAACUUGACCAACAUGUGGAGUCCCUCACCAACAUUCUCAAAAAUUCACUAACUGUAAAUGAUGUACAAAUCUUGUCUGAAGCAAUUACCACCAUUUCCAGUAUAUUGACACAAGAUUCUACUGCAUUAGCUGAUGCUGUGAGUUCUACUGCGCCCCUGAUUAUCCAAUCAUUGGAUAAAUUGCUGUUGCCAGAGGGGGGGCAAAUGAUUACAUCUGAAGAAGGCGAAAGGGUUAUGGCUUCAAUUGUCAUACUCAUAGAUUCCAAUACAAACUUUUUGAAAAGUAACUUGCAACAUUUCACGCACAAAAUGAUGUCCAUAGCCCUAGCUGAGGGUCCAUUGGCAAAUUUAGACCCUGGGAUUAGAUGCUUAGCCAUUGAAGCCCUAGUGACCAUCCCUGAAAAGAAACCAAAACUUGCUAUAAGCUCACAAAACUUCGUUCCUAACCUAAUUGAAUGCCUUAUUCACGUGAUGUUGGAUAUAGAAUCUGAUAUCUAUACCGAAUGGCUUGAGACGGAUGUAGAUGAUCAGGGAGAUUGUCAACGUCUUUACGAUGCUGGAGAAGAGGGGCUUGAUCGUUUAGGAAGGGCACUUCAAUAUAGUGAAGAUUCUAGGUUUAUGACAUGGUUGCUAUCUUCAGCCGUGCAAUACAUAAACCAACCUACUUGGCCACACAAGUUUGUAGGUAUCAUGGCCAUAUCUCAGACGAUAGAGUACCUGGACGAGGAUGAGGCAGAGGAUAAGUUAGGGCCUAUCUUCAAAAUAUUGUUAGAGAAGAUAAAAGAUCAAGAUUUUAGAGUCCGAUUCGCUGCCUGUCAGGCCAUUGGCCAAAUUGCAUUAGACCACCAACCGUACGUGCAAUUGUCGUUUUUCAAGGAAGUGCUUCCAGCUCUGAUAAAUGCUUUUGAUGAUAAUUCUAUUCGCGUUCAAUCCCAUGCUUCAUCAGCAUUUAUAAACUUUGCUGAAGAAGUUCAGAAGGAAAAUUUGUUGCCAUACGGGGAUAUAGUAGUGCAAAAAUUACUGGGUAAAAUCAACAUAAACACUCCACGUUUGGUGCGUGAACAGGCAAUUACCGCAAUAGCAGUAACAGCGGGUGUACUUGAAGAACACUUUUUUAAAUAUUACACGGCAAUAACACCUCUAAUGAAAGAAAUUAUCAUAAAGUGUACUAGUAAGGAGGAAAGGACGUGUCGUGGCAAGGCAAUUGAAUGUAUCAGCAUAAUAGGCAUGUCUAUUGGCAAGGACGUUUUCCACGGUGAUGGAAUUGAGUGCAUGAAUGCGCUUCUGCAAAUAAUACAGGAGCCAAUGGAUCCAGAUGAUCCGGUUAAGGAAUAUUGUGAUGAGGCCUUGGGUCGUUUAUGCCAUGCACUUGGACAAAGUUUUGUGCCCUUCCUUCCAACUUUGGUUCCGAUACUUCUGAGGUCUCUAGAACAAAAAUUUAAUUCUGACUUGAAUGCAGAUGAUGACAUGACUAUUAUGUUGGCAAAUGGUGAGGCGGUUGGGCUCAAGACAUCACAGGUUGAGGAGCAGCAGCGUACACUAGACCUAAUAAGUAAUAUCGCCGAAGAACUAAAAGAUUCCUACGCUGCAUACAUCGGCAUUACUGCCAAGGCAAUUAUGCCUAUACUUACGUACAUACUCACAUAUGAACUCAAAGAAAAGGCUCUAACUUCAAUGUCACUACUUAUAGCUGCCCAGCGAAUUGUAUGCGAGAAAACGGGUCAAGGAAGGGAACUGUUGCUAGAUAUUAUCGUGAAUACGGUGAAUUACGUAGUCAGUAAUAUUGAGAAGGCUAGAAAUGAGAAUUGUGAAUUGGAAGUGCCAAUUGAAAUACUGUCUGCCGAAGUUAGUGGCUUGCACAAGUGUGUAGAUUCCGCAGGGCCAGGGCUGCUUAAUGAAACUAUGAUCACCGUCUUUGGCAAGAAGCUCCUACUCUUACUUGAAAAAUCGACCAAAAUCAAGGCGUUUUACGUGGAGCAGAUGAAGAACGAAGACUUGGACCAGGAUGAUCUGUUAAAGCUGCAAGAUGAUGAAGAAGCUGAGCAGACUUUUAGAUCUACCGUACUCGAGAUAUUUUCAGCCUUGAUGAAACACUACCCUGAUGAAUUUCUAAAGUGUUGUCAUGCAGAUUGCAUGAAUUUCAUCCGUAGUUACCUGGCUUCUGACUCAUGCGAUGAUAAAUCAGUCGCUCUGUACAUGUGCGACGAUAUGCUAGAGAAUUUACAAUCACGGGUAGUACCAUAUUGGGAUCACUUUUUACCAGAUAUUAUGGCAAGCAUUGAUAUUAAGGAGACGAAUAUCAGGCAGGCUGCAUGUUAUGGUGUGAUUCAGGCAUCUAAGGUGCCAGAAUUUGCUCAAUAUGCUUCGGAGGCUGCAAAUAGAUUGGCCAAUUCAAUUCGCACUUAUUCAUCUAAGAGAUCCAAAAAUCACCAAGCUGCAAAUGACAAUGCAGUGGCGGCAUUAGGUGACAUAAUUCGCAAAUUCGGAAAUAACAUUUACGGCAUUCAAGACUAUCUAACGCUAUGGAUGAACAGUUUACCACUAAAAUCGGACGAAGAUGAGGGGAAGAGGGUGCACACUGAUGUAAUGGAGCUUAUACUGCAAAAGAACCCCUCCAUUUUGGGCGUGGAAAACGCGAAUCUGCCCAAAUUAGUGAAGAUGUUCAUUAAAAUUUAUGAAACCCCAUUCUCCACACAAGCUCUCAAUUCCAAAAUUGUAUACUUGAUGAAGCACUUGGGUGAUGUAUUUCUAAAUGAGUUACUGCCUUCCAUGACUAAAAAGGAGCAGGUGCAGCUCGAACUCAUUAUCAGAGUUAUCAACACCAAAGGUAAAGGUGUGUAG